UUCUACAUUUAAUAUUCUAUACAUGUAUUCAAACAUUUGAUGUGACAGCAUAAAAAUUUUUGUUUUAACAGCGUAAGUUUUUUUUGCUUUGGGAACUAAACACAGCGCGCCCUCUAAGAAAAGAACACGUCGCCGCGUGUUCUUUCAGUCAACUCCUAAUACACGACGCAGCUUCCAUGACACAUCCUCCUGAUCUUGGCAUAUUUGCCCUCCAAAAAACGAAGGAAGGAAGCUUGUGCGCGAUCUAUUUAUAUGGAUAUCAAGCCCGGCCGGCAUGUAAAAGCAAGACGGCAAGAAGAACAACACGAAGGCGAUUAUACAUGUUAGAAAUGGCUACCACUAGUACACUGCAUCAGGCGGUUGCCUACUUAUUAGCCGUCAUGCUCGUCUGCUUGGCGCCGGUGACACCGGCAUCGGCUCAGCCAUGGCCGGGCUGCCCCGACAAGUGCGGGAACAUCAGCAUCUCCUACCCCUUCGGCAUUGGCGCCGGCUGCGCCCGGGACAAAGACUUCCAGCUCGAGUGCGACGGCAACACUCCGCACUUCAACUACCUGGAUGAUCGUGAGAAAAAGCUGGUGAGCCUUUCCAUCGCCGACGGCGAGGUCCGGGUCUUCGUCGACGCGGGAAGCAACUGCCACGACGACCGCUUCAAAGCAAUCAGUGGGCACUACCGCACGCCGGACUACGGCCGCAGCAUCGCCUACCGGUUCUCCACAGCGAGGAACCGCCUUGUCGUGCUCGGGUGCCCCGUCCUUGGCUACUUGGUUGACGCCGACGAUAACUACGUCACUGGCUGCACAUCCACGUGCCGGCGGUCGCAGUCGCAGGGUGACUUGCCGGGCCAGUGCACCGGCGAGUCGGGGUGCUGCCAGAACACCAUGCCCCGCGCUCUCAACGUCUACAAGCCUUACAUACUCACGUUGAAUAAGACAGAGGAACCAACGCGAAACGUCCCCGACCAACAGGAGCUCCCGCCGACGGAACCCGUCUUCCGCCAUCUCGACUCAACAAAAUGCCAGUAUGUGUUCGUGGCGGAGGACAAGUGGAUCAACACCACCUACAGCUAUCGCGCCUUCAUCAACCGAACCAGCGACUUCACCGUCCCCGUCGUGCUCGACUGGGCCAUCCGGAACGCCGGCAACUGCGACAUCGCCGUGCGCAACAGGACGGACUACGCGUGCCGGAGCGCGCACAGCGAGUGCUUCAACGCCAGCGACGGCCAGGGGUACCGGUGCAGGUGCUCCAAGGGCUACGAGGGCAACCCCUACCUCGACGGUGGAUGCAAAGACAUCGAUGAAUGCCAACGCACAAAGGAAUACCCAUGCUUCGGAAAAUGCACAAACACAAUCGGAAGCUACACCUGCGAAUGCCGACCGGGGACUAGUGGAAAUGCAACCCAGGAGAAUGGAUGCCUCCCAACGGACAAGUUCACGUUAGCUCUGAAAGUCGUUACAGGUAUUCAAUCGGCCGGUUAUCAAGCAACAUUAUUAAUGCACUUAUUUUCUUGUCGGGAACUAAUGAAUAUCAUUGGCAUACCAUGUUCAGGGGUCAGCGUCGGUGUGUUCCUGUUACUGUUCAUGUUGUUCUGGCUCUACCUGGGGCUCCAAAAGAGGAAGCUCAUCAGAACGAAGCAAAGAUUCUUUGAGCAGAACGGUGGCGUGCUUCUCCAGCAACAGAUGAGUUCCUAUGGUGGCACCAGCGGCGGAGCGGGUGGGUUCAAGAUUUUCUCCAAGGAAGAGCUCGAGAAGGCCACCAACAGCUUUGCCGCCGACCGUGUUCUUGGCCGCGGUGGCUACGGCAUCGUCUACAAAGGCGUCCUGGAGGACAACAUGGUGGUGGCCAUCAAGAAGUCAAAGAUGAUAGAGGAGGCACAGACCAAGGAAUUUGCGAAGGAGAUGUGCAUCCUCUCCCAGAUCAACCACAAGAACGUCGUCAAGUUGCUCGGUUGUUGUCUUGAAGUCGAAGUUCCCAUGCUAGUUUAUGAGUUUGUCUCAAACGGCACCCUCGACCACUACAUCCAUGGCAGCACUCUCAACACUGUCAUAUCCUUGGACUCUCGUCUUCGGAUAGCGGCAGAGUCAGCAGAGGCACUCUCCUACAUGCAUUCUUCAGCCUCACCACCCAUCCUCCACGGAGAUGUCAAGACGGCAAAUAUCCUCCUUGAUGACAAACUCACCGCAAAAGUUUCAGAUUUUGGGACAUCAAAACUGGUGCCUAAUGAUGAGUUCGAGAUUGCAACUCUGGUGCAAGGGACAUGUGGGUACCUAGACCCUGAGUACCUCAUGACAUGUCAGCUGACUAACAAGAGUGAUGUGUACAGUUUUGGUGUUGUCCUCCUGGAGCUUCUAACCAGGAAGAAGGCACUCUACUUCGGCGGAUCAGAGGAAGACAGGAGCCUCGUGUCUUGCUUCAUGACGGCUGUGAGAGAUGGCCGCCAUGAGGAACUUAUUGACAGCCAGGUGAGGAAUGAGAUGACAGAGGAGGUGCUCCAAGAGAUUACACACCUCGUGAUGCGAUGUGUGAGCAUGAGUGGUGAGGAACGACCGAUGAUGAAGGAGGUCGCUGAGAAGCUGGAGAUGCUGAGGAGAUACCAGCUACACCCCUGGGAUAAAGGUGAUGCCAAUCCGGAGGAGAAGCAGAGCUUGCUUGACAUGGAACAGAGAAAUGUGGAUCAGAAGUUCAGACACCACCAUGACUAUGAUCCUGAAAAUCCAGCUUGCAGAUCCUAGUAUUUGUGCCAUUCGGGUAUGACCUGUGUUUUGGGGUAGAAAUAAAAUAGACAUAUUGUUACCUUGAAUGUGCGUUGGUACUAAUCAUCACUAUGCUUUCUCCAAAACACACUCAGGGAAUAUUGCUGUCUCUCCGUUGUCCAUUCAGUUGCAAGAAAUCAACCUAUCAGAAUAGAACUUUCAGUCACAAUAACGU